UGUACUCGGAGCAGGUGAUAAUAAAGGCGCAAUAGUAGCCCAGUCAGUUGACAAACAAAUCGCAAAGCAGAAGUACCGACAGGGGCCAUUAGUCCAGAUCCUCCAGUCAAGCCAUGAAAACCUUUCACUCCCUACUAUUCGCCCUGAUUUUGGCCCUCCUGAGCCUGGACCCCUCUUCCGGUUACUCCCCCCGAGAAGAUGAGCGUGUAAUUAGAGAAUAUAAGCGAGAGCAGGAGCUAAAUCACGCCAAGAUCGCCAGAGAUUUGGUCCAUCGCGCCAAUUGGGCGGCUGUGGGAAGUCUCUCCACCAACGAACGGGUGAAGGGGUAUCCCAUGGUCAACAUUAUCUCCAUAGACGACAGCGAUGAUAGUAACAAGUCCACUGGACACAUUCGAUUCCUGCUAACCGAUUUGGACUUCACUGGUCCCGACUGGCAAAAUGACAACAAGGUCACACUCCUGUUCAGUGACGAGCAGACCCUUAGGUGCAAGGAGGGCGGAAAGGAUCCCAUGGAGCCUACAUGUGCCCGCUCCAUGAUCAGUGGACAGGUGAAGAAGAUGGAUCCCAGCGACAAAAGCUAUCAGCCAUCGCUGGAUGCCUAUGUGAGGCGUCAUCCAGCUGCCAUCAACUGGGUAAAAGCCCACAAUUUCUACCUUUGCGAACUGGAAAUCAGCAACAUCUUUGUUCUGGACUUCUAUGGAGGUCCUCACAAAGUGAGCGCCUCUGACUAUUACGCUGUUUCGAAUUGAUGAUCUCCUCCAAAGGAAACAACUUGACGCCUCAUAUACUUUGUCAACAAAUUAAAUGAUAAGCAUAUUUGCACAACGUGUCUGCCACAAAGGAAAAGAAUGAAGACAAAAGACAUUUCGACAGCCACUUAUCAGUUGAGCUCUGUGAUUUCACUCGAUAGAACAAUAACUUUGAUAUAAAUAAAAAUACAUUCCGUUGAAUGUACUCCGCCAUGCUGAAA